AUGUUCGGCCGCUCUGUCGGCAUCGUGGCCGCCAGCGCCCUGGGCGCCACUGCUUUCCUGAUUCCCGCGAACGUCGCCUCGCUUAGCAAGGGCCCGUCCGCCGAUCUCACGCCCGUUGCUCUGAACGCAAAGCAACAGGUUCUUCAACUUCCAUGCCCGGAAUGUGCUUUCUCGAAACCACAGCAGGAGCGGAUCCAGGAUCUUGAAGAGUUGGAGGAUGGCGAGCAGGAAUUCCGCAUCCAAGGUGGUGCGAACAGCAUUGUCGUCAAUCUGACCAUCUCCGAGGACGGCCAGAAACUCCAGGUCAAUGGCGAGACCAUCUACCCACUGGGGCUCGAGAGCAUACUUGCGCAGCGCAUUUAUGUCAAACAAGUGGCCUCUUCCGCCUCUAUCGAAGACAUCGAGUCCGGCAAGGCCCGGGCAACACCCCUCGAGGUCACUGGUUCGGGAGUCUCGGUCCACGAAGAAGAGGUCGUGAGCGAGGAAGGUCACAAGCUCGUCACUGUCAAGCACAGCAUCUUCGAGCUUGAGCGACAACCAGUCACGCUGGACGAGGUCAACAUCAAGCUCUUGACGACCGUCAAUGGCGAACUCUUCCUUGCUCACGUUACUAGUGAAGGUCAGCGCCCAACGCACCCAGAAUUCCCAGACUUCUUUGCUCCACCAAAAUGGGCUCAGGAUAUGGAGAAGGAAAUGAGCAAGGAUAUGAAGGAGAUGGAGGAUGAGUUCAUGUCCAUCCUGCCACACCCACACCCACAUGGACCGGCGGAUCACGCUGGUGAGCAAAAGGAGUGCCGGCACUUGCCAGCUACUCUUUGCAAGAUGAGGAUCAUGCUCGAGGACCAGCUCAAGUCUAUGCGCAAGGGUGCCUUCAAGAAGCUUGGAUGCCAUGGACGAAAGGGUAAAGGCUUCGCCCAUAUCAGGCCUCACUUCCUCCGCAUUGGCCAGGAUGGUGAAGGACACCACGGACGUCCACACCACAUGAGACCACAUGGUCAUCACCACCACCACAAGCACCACUUCAUGCACUCUUUCGCUCGUGGUGUCGUCGCUGUGCUCGUUCCGACCAUGGCAGGUCUCGCGGUUGGCAUGAUUGUGAGUCUUGUGGGUCUGUUCAUUGGCCGUUUGAUCAGCUUCCUUUGGAUUCACUUCUACCGGGGCGGCCGCCGCGGCUACCAGUCUGUGAGCCUCGACGAUGAGGAAGAGAUUGUUGAGGAGGAGGAUGACAUGGAGAAGAAGUCCUACGUCGUUCUCGAGCAAUCCGAGCCACUUCCUGUGUACGAAGAGGCCCCAGCUUACGAGGAGAUCGAGAAGGAGGAAAAGUGA